AUGUCACACUCACCACCGCAAAAUUGUUCGAGAAUUUUAUACACUGUGGAAGUUGCUCAGGCCAGUGGGGUCACAAAUGACUUCUACCUGAAUAUAGUCAGCUGGUCCAAAACUGCCAAACAAGUGGCUGUUGGUGUUAACAAAACUUGUUCUAUUUGGAAGUUGAACAAGAACUGUAAAACCCCUAUUAGUUUUGAGUGUCCCGAUGUCAUCACCUGUGUUUCUUGCUCCUACGAAGACCUUGUGGUAAUAGGAACAGAGGCAGGUAAAAUAUAUGUGAUUUCCCAGCUGGAUGGCCGACUUCGUGCUACUUAUAUAUUGGAUAAUAUUCCGAUUCACACUUGCACCUGGUUCAAAAACAACAAACGGUUUCUCGUGGGUGAUCUGUCAGGAAAUGUGUAUAUGAUAAAGACCAUCCACAAACAGGGCAUCUUAAUCUUGAAGAAAGAUUUUACCUUCAAGUUCCAUCAGCAGCUCGUUUGCGGAAUAGUACUCAACUCCGACGAGACACAAGUGGCAUUUGGGUGUGGUGACUGCACCGUGACAGUGUGGAAACUCGAAAAGUACCGGUUUCCAGUGAUAAAGUUCAUUCUUCCACACACAUCUGCUGUGAAAGCAAUGGGAUUUUGUCCUUGGGCCCCUUCGUUACUAGCUACAGGUGGAGGCUACUCAGACAGAACUAUUCGUUUCUGGCACACCAAUACGGGGACGUUGCUAAACUCAUAUUUCACCAAUUCUCAGAUCACCUCCCUCAAUUGGUGUCACUCGCGCAGAGAGCUAGUGGCUACAUUUGGCCCUGGACAUGGUGGGUCUAUUUUAGAGGUAUACAAGUUUCCAAGUAUGAAACCAGUGAAGCGGAAUCUUUUAGAACCGCUUUUCAUCCGGGUGCUGGGAGCUAGUGCAUCUCCAGACGGUCGGUAUCUUUGUGUGAUGUGUUCAGACCUGACAAUCAGGACAUAUAAAAUAUGGGGCAAUGGCAGCAACCAAAUGGUCCAUAAUGGUUUCGACGUGUUUGAAAGCAGCUUGAUACUGCUUGCGGAGGGGUUGAACCAUCCUUCACCCGUCAUUAGAUAA